AUGUGACACCUUUCCAUCUGCUCUUUGUGAGUGUGAGAGUGGAAAUGGUUAACCGGAUGGUAACGUCCGGUAACGUCGGUAACUACAGACGCCACGGUAGCCCGCCCGUUCACAGUACACACAGGCGUUACUGGUCCUGUAGGUGUGCUGUGUAGCUAUAAAUUAUCUGAUGGGAGCUGCAUUGCCACGAUACUUUAGUUUGGAUCGCUAAUUGUUUAUUAGAGACUCGUAUAAUCACGUCUGCAGUAUGAAGCUAACACGGAAGUUGGUCCUGGCCAAAGCCAAGGCCUCGGAUCUGGACAGUGUGAAGAAACUCAACUGCUGGGGCUGCAACUUGACAGAUAUCUCCAUAUUUACCCAGAUACCCCACAUCGAGGUCCUGACUCUCAGUGUGAACUCCAUCUUGUCCCUGUCAUCUCUGUCGGGCUGUGUGUGUCUGAGUGAGUUGUACCUCAGACGGAACCUCAUCCCUUCUCUCUCAGAGCUCUCCCAUCUCCGCCCCCUCACACGCCUACGAGUGCUCUGGUUGGCUGAGAACCCCUGCUGCGGAACAGUCCCCAGCCAAUACCGUCUCAACGUGCUGCGAUGCCUGCCACGCCUACACAAACUGGACAACCAGGUGGUGACAGAGGAGGAGCUUGUUUUCGCUCUAAACGAGGGAGAGGAGAUAACACCCCCUGCCGCCGCCCAGAAGCAGUUCUCGACCAGUGGCCAGCCAGAGAACGUCAGCUCCACCAAUGGACAGACAGAGGCGGAAUCAGAGAACGACCCCCUAAACUACAGUAUGGAGGAGACCAAUAAGAUCCGGGAACAGUUGGGGAUGAAGCCUAUUCCUCGAGACAAGUUCUCCUCCCCAUCACCUCGACCUGCAGCUAGGAAGUCCCACACUCUGGAGGCGGUGCUUAUGCUGUUGAAAGAUCUGGAGGAGGAGGAGCUACGCAUCGUUCACACGGCAACCCAGAACAGACAGCUUCGAUCACACACACACCCCAAGCUCACACACACACUGCAGGGAGAUGGAACCAUCGACACACACACACUGCAGGGAGAUAGAACUAUCGACACACACACACUGACAAACUCCAGAGAGAGAACGACCGACAUCGAGCACUGACACACACACACUCCCAUUGACUUUAAACACUAACGCAACCACCCAACACUGAGGUAGACACACAAGUCAUGUUUAUGCUCCGUGGCCAGAGGGAGAGGUAAGGGUUCACAUGCUCCCCUAGGUACAGAUCUAGGAUCAACUUCCCCUCCCCCAAUCCUAACCUUCACCAUUAGUGGGGGGAAAAGCAAAACGGACCCAAGAUCAGCGUCUCGGGACUUUACCCUACUCCGGGCUCACACACACACCAAACCUUGGUACACACACGCUUCAGUAUUGUUGUGACAGGCUUUUAGCCAAAUAGAGGAGACUGAAGGGAGAAGCCAGAGCUAAUCGUUGUCGCUAUCAAUUCCCUAGCAGCACGUCGCUAUCAAUUCCCUAGCAGCACGUCGCUAUCAAUUCCCUAGCAGCAUGUCGCUAUCAACUCACAAGCAGCAUGUUGCUAUCAACUCUCUAGCAGCACGUCGCUAUCAAUUCCCUAGCAGCAUGUCGCUAUCAAUUCCCUAGCAGCACGUCGCUAUCAAUUCACUAGCAGCACGUCGCUAUCAAUUCUCUAGCAGCGUGUUGCUAUCAAUUCCCUAGCAGCAUGUCGCUAUCAAUUCCCUAGCAGCGCGUCGCUAUCAAUUCCCUAGCAGCGCGUCGCUAUCAAUUCCCUAGCAGCAUGUCGCUAUCAAUUAUCUAGCAGCGUGUCGCUAUCAAUUCUCUAGCAGCGUGUCGCUAUCAAUUCCCUAGCAGCGUGUCGCUAUCAAUUCCCUAGCAGCGUGUCGCUAUCAAUUCCCUAGCAGCGUGUCGCUAUCAAUUCUCUAGCAGCGUGUCGCUAUCAAUUCUCUAGCAGCAUGUCGCUAUCAAUUCUCUAGCAGCGCGUCGCUAUCAAUUCUCUAGCAGCACGUCGCUAUCAAUUCCCUAGCAGCAUGUCGCUAUCAAUUAUCUAGCAGCGUGUCGCUAUCUAGUCCCUAGCAGCAUGUCGCUAUCAAUUCUCUAGCAGCGUGUCGCUAUCAAUUCCCUAGCAGCGUGUCGCUAUCAAUUCACUAGCAGCGUGUCGCUAUCAAUUCCCUAGCAGCGUGUCGCUAUCAAUUCUCUAGCAGCGUGUCGCUAUCUAGUCCCUAGCAGCGUGUCGCUAUCAAUUCUCUAGCAGCGCGUCGCUAUCAAUUCUCUAGCAGCGCGUCGCUAUCAAUUCCCUAGCAGCACGUCGCUAUCAAUUCACUAGCAGCAUGUCGCUAUCAAUUCUCUAGCAGCGUGUCGGUAUCAAUUCCCUAGCAGCGCGUCGCUAUCUAGUCCCUAGCA